GGGGGCGGUGGCUCCUCCGCGCUACAGCCGCCAUCAUCGUCCGUCCCAUCCUAUAGUAACCUUCCAAAGCAGUACCCGAUCUUUCCUCUCCAAUGUGUGUUAGUUGGGAGCGCGUUUACCGGUGUUCGCUGCUUCGAGUCAGCUAGUGUAAAACGGACGCUUCUGUUUCGCCCGAUCUUACCAUGCCCUAACAUCGAACAUUAAAUCCUCGCUUUUUCCCUCGUUCCUUCUCUUCUCUGUCUCUCUUUUUUUUCCCUCUCUUCUAUUUCCCCCCUUUCCAACCUACCCUCCCAAAAGAUCUUAUUCUUUUUUUCCUUAAACUUUAUACGCGAGGAAGAAAAGAAAUACCUAAAGAAGAGAAACAAGUGUAAUUAGUGGGUAGAGGAGGUGGUGGAAAAGAAGAAGAAGGAGGAGGAGGAAGAGAAUGAAAUAAAAAAUUGAAGAAAGCUUUCCUUCUCGCGAAAGCCAGUGAAAUCAAAUUUCAAAUAUUCAUUAUUGUGUCUAUACAUUCUCCGAUUCUCUCGUUGCUCGUCGUCUUUCGUCGUUAAAUCGCGAGUGUAGUGAGGUUGCAUCGAGGAGAAGUGACAACUAAAAAAAAGGGAAGAAAGAAAAAGAAAAGAAAAGAGAAGAAAAGAAAAGAAAAGAAAAGAAGGGAAAAGAAAAGGGGAGAAAAUGUGGUCGUGUUUUUGAUAAACGUAAACGUGAGAUAAAUUGGAAGGAAGGUGUCGAUCAACAGCAAGGGACAGACAGAAAAAGGGAGAGCACGGGGUGGAGAAACGCGAAGGCGAGUUCAAUCUAGAAGGAUGUGAUGCGAUCGAUCGGUCAUCGCGUAAAACCAAAUAGUGGAAUGAUAAAUUGAGAUAUAUAGAUAGAUAGAGAUAAAUAGAUAGAUAGAUAGAUAGAUAGAUAGAGAGAGAGAACCAAUAAGAUUUUCAAGCUCGGUGCGAAGGUCAGCACCUGAGAGAAGCGGAAAAGCGUCACGCGAGCGAAGCGGUGGCGUUUUCGUGCGGCGACAUCGCGUCCCGCCCAUUCGAGAUAGGUCAGACGCGAGGAACGAAGAACCAAGCGGUGGAACAAACGAACGGCAGAAUCAUUGACAUCGCGCUUCUCUUCGUCUUUCCUCUCGCUUCACGACGACAGCAUCUCCUUCUUCUCCCCCCGCUCUCUCCAUCAUUCUCCUGAGAGUUACGCACGGCGCCUUUCGGAGGACCAGCAACAUCUUGCACUCAUUUAAGAAGCUGUCUCUUAACGCCGUUAGAUCAGUCCCAUCGUAAUCGUCUAUUUCCAAAAGAAGCUUUUCUCUCCUAUCGUCGUCUUCGUCGUUAUCGUCAUCAUCGUCGUCGUCGUCAUCACCGUCGUCGUCGUCGUCGUCGUCGUCGGGAAACAUUGUGAAAAAGUAACUCGAUAGAUCGGCCUCUUUUUCGCCACCACGUGAGGCGACACCCUCCCAUUCGUCGUCAUCGUCGUCGCCGUCGUCGCUGCCUUCGCCUUCUCCUCCUCAAUAUACAUAAAAUAGGAGAAGAAGACGAAGACGAAGAAAAAGAAGAGAAAUUUAUUUGGAAAAUUUGUCAACACUUUUCGAGCUCGUUAGAGAAAGGGAAGAAGAAAGAAAGGAAAAAAGAGAGGAAGAAAGAGAGAAAGAAAGAAAGAAAGAAAGAAAGAAAGAAAGAAAAGAAAGAAAGGAAGGAAUUGAAAGAUAGACGUAAAGAGAAGGAAGAAGAAGAAAAGAAAAGAGUGAGAAAGUGAUCGAUAGUGCGUGUAGAGAACAGCAUCCGGCCGGUAUAUUUCGAGUUUCCGACUUAUUAAAUAGGUGAGAAAAACGGCGAACGCGAAAGAUAUUCCUAGUUUCGUCGGAAGUAAAGGAAUACGUGCACGAGAAUGCUGCGCGGCUGCGGCACUAAACGUCGUUGGACGAAUUCUUGAACAGACAUCGAGAUUACGUGGCCACGAAGGAAGGAAGGAUAUCGUCGUUUGGAUUGCGUCUCGCGUCCUCGUUGUCCUCGGCAACGAACAAGAGUGACACGCGCGAAACGCAAUACCGAUCGGUGUUUUCGCGAAUAUGAGCAUGACUCUUGUUCGGAACGCAUUCAAAGAUUGCAGCGAGGACGAAGCAGGUGGUGCGGACGUAGCGACGACGGUGACGACGGCAGCCGAAGGCUGUGCCGCUGAAGCCACGUCGGCCGUACUCGACGAGGAUGGCGGCGGCGGCGGCGGCGGUGGCGGUGGUGGCGGCGGUGGUGGUGGUGGUGGUGGUGGUGGUGGUGGUGGUGGAGGAGGCGGAGGCGGCGAUGAUAACGAGGGAGGAUCGACGGUGAAACGAGAAAACGGCCAAACUUGUUCCCACUGCGGCAUACUCUUCCGGGACGCGCACGUACUUCAACUUCAUAUCGAGGACGCUCACAAGACGCUUUACUCGGUCGACAAAAACGAUCCAAACGCUCAAUUUUCUCAAGUGUCAUGCAAAGUAUGUAACAAGACCUUCGCUAACGUCUAUCGACUACAAAGGCACAUGAUCAGCCAUGACGAAAGUGCUGUGCUUCGAAAAUUCAAAUGUCCCCAUUGUGAGAAAGCUUUCAAAUUUAAACAUCACCUUAAGGAACAUCUUCGUAUACACAGCGGUGAAAAACCAUUUCAAUGUAACAACUGCGGAAAGAGAUUUUCACAUUCUGGCUCUUAUUCGAGUCAUAUGACUUCCAAAAAGUGCUUAAUCGUAAAUUUGAAGAAAUCGAGACAAAGCAGUAUAAGUAAUGUUGAUAAAUGCUCGAAGAAAACCCCAACGCAAUCGGUUCCUGGACGUCGCGAAGAUACACUUCUCGCGGCGAACAACAAUACUUUUUUACCGAUACUGCCAAAGCUUUCUCCUUCAGACUAUCAAGAAAUACGAGAAGGCGGAGGUAUUUACGAUGUGCCAAGUCUUCUACCCCAAAUGAUGGGCUUUAGUAGUUACUUCCUUCAAUCCUCAUUGGGAAAGAUAUUAAAUCAACUGCAUUCCAAGCGACUCGACGAAGUUGCCGAACAAUUCGAAAGUCAUCGAGAAACGAUGAGCCCAUCGACAGCGGAUUCAGAGGGUACGGAAGGUACCGAAGGGAAGGAAUCACCUGCUCCGAUCGAAUCGCAGGGGUUGGACGUUGUACGACGUAUUUUGGAAACUGUCAAUACCUCUGUCACGAAGCAAUUAUUAGAAGCAAAUGUAAAAAAAUUGUCUACCUCACCGGCCACUAUGAAACGAGAAUUCGAAGACGAUUAUCAAGACCAGGAUAGCGAAGUAUCGAGCGAGAUGACCCAUUAUCCUGAUUGGUCAGUAACGGAUCAGUACGACUCGCAAAGCGAAGGUUUGGCUGCUAAACUUGAAGAUGCUAAUCAGCCCCAUGGUAUUGCCAGGUUAACUUCCAAGAGGAAAGCCGAGGAUAGUUCCGAGCCGGAUUCCGAUGACGAAGAAGAUGGAAAUCAAACGCAUACAGAAAAUGGUAGGAGAGUGAGGGCGAGGUCAUUGAUAGAUGACGAACAAUUGGCUGUUCUCAAAGGUUAUUACGCUAUUAAUCCAAGACCAAAGAAAGAAGAGAUUAUUAUGAUAGCGAAUUAUAUUAAUUUUCCAACUCGUGUCGUCCAGGUAUGGUUCCAAAACUCUCGUGCCAGAGAUCGCAGAGAAUCGAAGAUCCCAGCGUUAUUACCUCUUUCAAAUCCAACUAAUCAAACUACGAUAGAACAACCAUUGGAUUUGUCAAAGAAAGAUGUCCUUACGAUAUCGCUCGUUAAAGAUGGUGAUACCUCCAACAGAAACGUUGCUUCUCCUUGCGAACAAAAGGAGGAUAAUUCUACUGUUCCAAAUCCAGACACGGACGAUCUCGAGGAUUCGCCUCUUGUUAUAGACGAAGAAAUUACCGAUUCUAUCGAUACGAAACGUACACCUUCCACGGUCGACGUCUCGCAAAAGAAUCAAAAUCAUGGGAACGCAAAAAAGGAGAAUGAGAAUCCAGUUCAAAUCGAACCACCUACCACAGCAGAUACUGAGCAAGGACUUUAUUUUUGUGAUCGUUGCGACAAGACUUUUUCAAAACAUAGUUCUCUCGCGAGACACAAGUAUGAACAUUCCGGGCAAAGGCCGUACAAAUGCGUGGAGUGUCCAAGAGCGUUCAAGCACAAACAUCAUCUAACCGAACAUAAGCGGUUGCACAGUGGCGAGAAACCCUUUCAGUGCUCCAAGUGCCUCAAACGCUUUUCUCACUCCGGCUCCUACAGCCAACAUAUGAAUCACCGUUACUCUUACUGUAAACCAUACAGAGAGUAAAUUUUCGAGCGUUCUUCGUCCUAUGUCCGCUUCGUUGGCCGAGUACGUACGGUUCUUUCUCCUUUCAAACAGAAAAAUCGCAUUUAAUUUUUCUAAUUAAUCAAGUAUUACAUCCAUCAACGUGUUUCUUUUUUUUUUUUGUUUAUUUUUUUUUUCUCGAUCAAAUCAACGCGAAGAAAGGAAAGCUAUUGCGCUACAUUUCCUUUCGUUUUCUUUGGUUUUUGUUUUGUCAAUCAUUUUCAAGAUUUCACGAGAAACUAAACUCUUCUCGUAUUCCUGUUCGUUGUAAUCGUGCCACGAGGAGAGAACGAUACCAUCCCUCGUUUGGGUUGGAUCGUUAUGUACUUGAGCUUUUCCAAGUUCUCAGCAAACUCGUUCGAUACGCAACCAAAUUUAAUGAUUUAGGUAAAAAUUACCAAUGAAUAUGCGUAUCGGCGAAUACGCUAAAUAAGAUAACGUAACGGUACCAAAAAUGCAUAAUGCAAUAAUCUCUCUCUAUACACAUAACACGUACACAUACACAUAUAUACACAUAAAGAUGUGUGUAUAUAUAACACACAUACACGAUAUACAUACAUAUACCAAACACGGUACACAAAUAUAUAUAUACUAUAAGAUAUGAUAUACAUAAUAUUUUAGUAUUUUUAUUAACAAGAUAUUAUAUAUACCAUGACAAUAAUAAGGAAACUAAUUAAUGUACAAAUUCGUUAGCUACGUUCGCCUGGGGGAGUGUGAUAUUUAAAAGUCCAUUCGCAUUUUUAAACGCGAAGAUUCAUAUAUAUCUGAAAUAUAACAAACGCAUACGAGUUACGAUAAAGACACGCAUAUUAUGUCGAUCAGAAAUUACAUUAUUGAUCUUCUUUUUAUAUAUCUAUGUAAUUCUUUUUGUGACUCUUUUGGUUUUCUUUUUUGUUUAUUUUUUAUUUCUUAAUUUUUGUUUUUUCUUUUAAUCAACAAAAGAUUAUAUAUUUACAAUUAAUAUGUAGAUAUUAUAAAACUCAUCGUUUCACUCCUCUCGCUAUAAAUGAGCUCCUUUUUCUUUUUAAGUCGAAAUGAAUAUAAGAACAAAAAACGGGGGCGAUCACUUGAAAUGAAUAAAUUAUUCCGCGUCGCUAUUAUCAAAGAGGAUCAAAAGUAACAGAACGAAGGACACUUGAAAUUGAACGAUCGUUAAUGGAGCUUACGAUAAAAUUGGAUCGUUGUAUAUUAUUGAACUCGCAUUAUAAGUAACUUUUAAAUCUACAGAAUGAUUAUAUUAUAAUAUAUGAACAUUAUAUAUAUAUAUUAUAUAUAAUAUAUAUAUAUAUAUACAUAAAAAAAGAAAAAGAGAAAAAAAGAGAGAAAACGUAUGCGUGUUGUGCGUGUAUGCGUGUGUGCGUGUACGUCUGCACAUAUAUAGGAUAAAUCACUCAAAAUUCGUCAUUUGAAAUGUCUGUCUUAUUUCGAAGGAUUAGAAAAAAGAAAACAAAAACAUGUUAAAGUACAAACUGGCAUAGUCUUAAAACAAAUAAUACAGUGACAUGAUUACAUGAUAUAUAUAUAUAUAUGUAUGUACGUAUGUGUGUGUGUAUAUAUAUACAUACAUAUAUAUCAAUUUCUUUCUUCGAAGAUAUUUAUACUAUACAAUUUUGUCUGUGGAAACAAGUUUCUUAAACUGUCUUUUAAAAGCAAAGAGGUGGGAGAGACAGAGAGAGGAAGGGAGAGAAAGAGAGAGAGAGAGAGAGAAAUAUUUCAAAUACGAAUACUCAAGUGAGUCAUUUCCUAUAGAUACAGACAACAAACAGCACGCACGAUAUUAUCGAACGCCGUUCGAAAGGGCCUUGCAAAUCGGUGAAUGAUGUCAUGCGAGAACGUCGUCUCCAUUACGUACUUAUGGUCUUACGAUUAUUAAAUCAAAAUUUUAGUCGAUUUUCAAUGGUCGUUCGCAAUAGAAAUCACGCUACGCCUUCCAAAUAUAUUUAUAUAUACUUACCUAUGCAUAUAUGUAUUAUUACAAGAUCAGUUAAAAGACAAAAGGAAAGAAAAAGAAAGUCAUUUUGCAAAGUAAGUCAUUUAUAGGAUGAUCUUUUUAUUUUCUCAUUAUUUAUUUUUACUUCUUUCAUCCUCAUCGAUAAAUCAUUCGAAUUAAUCGAUCAAAAUUUGCCGAUGAAGUAUUGCAAAACUUGAUAUAUAGAACAUAUAAAUAGCGACGACGAAUAAAGAUAAAAGAAAGGAAAAGGCAAGAAAAAAAAUUGAUGACGACGAUGACGACGACGACGACGACGAUGAUGAUGAUGAUAAUAAUAAUAAUAGUAAUAGUAAUAGUAAUAAUAAUAAUAAUAAUAAUAGUAAAGUAACGACAAUAAUCUCGCAAUAAUUUCAUUACCGAAAUUUCGAGGCCCGAUAAUAAGAUCUACAUACGUAUGAUAUUAAAUGCUUCCAAUACACUAUACGACGAAAAAAAAUGAUUAUGUCAUUUAUAUGAUUUUAUUCGCUCAAACGCGCAGGAGUAAAAAUUAAGAAACUCCAUAGAUAUUGAUAAUACUCGCGAAUGUGUAUUUUAUAACAGUUUAUGCGACUUUUUAUUUACACGCGCCAACAAAACGAUAAGUGAUAUUGUUAUUGAAAAAAAAAAUGAUAAAAAAAAAACAAACAAACAAAGAAGAAGAAGAAGAAGAAAAAAGGAAAAAGAAAAAAAAGAAUAAGAAAUAAGAAAAAUAAAUGAAGAAAAAGAGAAGAUAAUAGAAGAAGAUACCAUAUAUAUUAAUUAUGUAUCAAAACGACAUUACAUUCGGCAAUAACGAAUAAUGUCGGGUCUUGUACUUCCUCACACGCGUACAUAGAAGCUUCGGUUAUCCGCGACAGGCAUCGUGACCAUAUUAAGAGAAAGAAAUAUGAUGCUUAUAUAAUACUCAUUUAUUAUAGUGUUAAUAAUUAAGAAAUAUAUUUUUAUAUAAUUAUAACGUAAUAUUAUACGAUACGAUAUAGUACUAAUUGAUCGCUAUACUACGCCAUGAUCGCUAUACAUCAGAUCUCUUUCUUGAACUCUCGCGUGCAAGACGAUUCUAUACUUACAUUUUCUCUUUACCGUCCUCGUUCAUAAAUCGAAUUCGAUUUUUCUCUCUCUUAAGAAUCGUGUCAUAUUUGAAUUGUUUCAUUUUUCACACAAUCGAUCUUUUAAUUCAGUUCUUUCUUCUUAUCCAAGUACAUAUUAUAUUUUCAUAUUUUUGUCGUCUUGCACGAGUCAUUACACUCGAUUAUCGUGCGCAAAUCUAUCGAAUCUCUCGUGUUUGUUCCUUCGUUAACACCGAUUAUAAUUAAAUAUACUUAUAGCAAAAGUGUGGCUAAAUGGAUUUAUUGGCUAUAAUAUUUUAGAAUAAGCGAUUAUUGCUUUCAGAUGAUCGUUAUUAUUAUUACAUAAAUGCACGGUGAAAUGCUUUAAAACAUAUAAGUAAACACACAAAUACACACACAUACACACACACACACUUCUGCGGCUUUUUCCCUCUUCUCUCUUCGAUCAAAAAAAAAAAAAUAAAAUAAAAUAAAAAUAUCGUAUCUACUUAGUUUGAAAAACGUUACGAUAUAGAAACGAAAGAAUAUGCCAGGAAGCUCUUUAAAGACAAUAACGCGUAUCUAACGCACGAUAUACAAGUUGGUUCAUUAGAAAACUAAACAUCUGAUUUAUCUGGUACGAAUUGAGAAUAAUAGAAUAAUAAUGUCAGAUAAUAAAAUUUAUAUAAUUUUAUUGUCUGAGAUUACCUUCCUAACUCUCAUAUUUAUUUAGAGAGAUAUUUGGAUAAUCGGUUUCUAAUGAAUCACUCUGUAUAUAGAUAUAUUGACGUUCCACAUUUGCCCCCAAAAUUAUAUGUACACUAAAUAAUUAAAAUUAGAUAGAUGUAUCGAUCGGUGCAAGCUGAUAGGUCGCUUUGAUGAAUCGGAAUGAAGCUCCGUUAUUCCUUAAAUCUAAAUUAUUGUAAUCCUAUAAAAAAGAAAAAAAAAGAAAAAAAAAGAAAGAAAGAAAGAAAGAAAGAAAGAGAGAGAGAAUAAGAGAGCAAAAACAGAAAUGAAAAAAAAAAAGAAAAGAAAGAGAAGAUAAGAGCGGAGAAAAGAGAUAAGAAAAUUGUUAACGAUUGUUGAAGCAACGAUUUAAUAAGCACCAUACGAUGCCUUGCGUGAACGACCGAGCUUGCCUAACUGUCGAAGGCGAUUAAUAACGUACUAUAUAGAAGAUAAUAAUUCGAAUAUAAAAAACGAAAUCUUCUUAACCGAAGGCCAACGGUUGCUUCCAUGAUUCUCCUUAAAAAAUGACGACCGCUAUUAAAUAAAUAAUAUCGCGAUCUAAUGUAAUAGCCCUUCAAAUCAGUUUUAUCUUUUAUUUCUCUUGUUUUCUUCUUUUUCUUAAUUUUUGAUCUUUAUUUUUGUUCUUCUUUUUCUCUAUUUUUUUUUUGUUUUUUUUUUUUUAAUUAUUUUCCCUAUAUAAUAUGUACGUGACAAAAUACAUGCGUAUAUGUGCGACAGGAGAUCGGUGAUAUUUUUUUAAAAGAAUAUGUAAUUUAUACGAAACGUUUUGUUACGGCGACAGAAUCAAUUGUGAUUAUAAGAUCCUCAGGAGUAUCGCGGAGUAACUACGAUCCUUCGCAUUAAACUGUACUCUAUGAAUACCAGUGGUUAUACCAUUGAGCUUUCCAUGACUAUGUUACGUAAGCAAGUACCAAAAAAAAAAGAUAUAAAUAAAUUGUAUAUAUGAGAAAUAAUCGGGGAAAGAAAAAAAAAGAAAACCACCGCAGACAAUAAUGUACCGUUUCUUCUAGAUUAUUAGAAAGCGUAAGCAUUACACCAUAGUAGGAAUAAUACAUACGUCUUAGGAAUAAAAGAAAUAAAUUUACUAAAAAUUGGUACGUAAAUAUAUAGUAUAUAUAUAUAUUAUAUACAUCAUUACAUUUAAUCGACAAGAAAAAUAGCGACGUGGAUGUUAUUAUUAUGGUGAUAUGUAAUAUGCAACGCGUACUUGAAAAAGAUUAAUGAAAAGUGAAAAAGAUAAAAAGGUCUUAGCAACGUAGUGUCGGCAGUGCCAACUUCGAAUUAUUUUUUAUAAGUUAUAACUAUUAAUUGCGCCAUAUAAUGGAGAACAAAAUUUCGUACUUAGUACGUAAUUUUUUGUUUUUUUUUUUUUUCUAUACGUUCAUCAUUAGCCUUUAAAGAUCGUUUUUAAAUACCGUAACGUGCAUUCAUUCUCUUCGAUUUAAGUUGACAAAUUAAAGAGAAAUUUACGUUGAAAAAAAUUUAUUUAUUAGAAAUAAAACAAAUCGAAACGUAAGCCCAAAAGCUGACUCCAUUGAUUCUCGAUCGGGCAAUUUUUAUAUUUACAAUAUGUAAUAGGGCUCAAUCAGAAGAGAGAAAGAGAGAGAGAGAGAGAGAGAGAGGGGGAGAGAGAGAGAGAAAGAGAGAGAGAGAGAGAGAGAGAGGAUCCCAUGGAAUUUUAAGUAACGAUUUGUUAUAUUUCUAAAUCAAUUUCCUAAGAUGUACACACAUACAUAUAUUUGUAAUUUAUUUAUGUAUGUACAUAGAUACAUGCCUAAUGGCUUGUUUUUUCGGAAAUUUAUUCUUGAUUUUUUCAAAAUCGAUAAAAAUUUAUUUCUAUUCGUGGAUAAACCCAUCGACAUUUCCUUUCUAUAUUUUCGCAAAAUUAAAUUCAAAUAUAAUUGAAUAUAUCAUAUUAUAUAUAAUAUAUUAUUGCAUUCCAUGAGAAAUUUUUAUAUAAAAUAGGAGUGACUCCUAUCGUAAAUUUAAUCUGUUAUUACUGAUUCGUAUUUAAAUUAAUAGCGAUGAUUGCAAUUGAAAUCUUGAACGAUAUAAGUAAUUAUACUUUGAUCUCAAAUGUUAAUUCCUUAUUUUCCUAUAUAACAACUAAAACGUGCAUUUAUUAUAGUUUUCUAUAUUAUAAAAGCCUAUUAUAUUAUGUAUGUAUGUAUGUAUGUAUGUAUGUAUGUACAUACAUAUCUCUAACAGUGAAUCUAUGAGUUAUACAGAUAUAUUAAUUUUGUAUACUCCAUGUACCUCAAGAAUGCCGCAAAACAAUGUCAUUUGUUAAACGUUUCAAUGAAAUCUUUAUAUAUAUACGUGUAUAUACGUAUAUACAUAUAUUUAUAUAUACUUAAGCAAUCAUCUCCUUUGGCAUUCUCUUUAGUCAAUUACGUUAAUCGUAAGAGAGAGAGAGAGUGAGAGAGAGAGAGAGAGAGAGAGAGAGAGAGAGAAAGAGAGAGAGAGAGAGAGGAAGAGAGAGAGAGAGACAGAGAGAGAGAAAGAGAAAAUGUGAUUAGCUGGAUAAAAAAAUAUUUUGAUAAAUCAUUGUACCAGAAAUACCGAAUUAUUUCCAUUGAUAUUGCUUUUUGAUUUAAAAAAAAAAAAUGAUGGUAAACGAACAUGAUCAGUAUUAUCAGACGAAAAAGAAAAAAAAGAAAAGGAUGAAAUUUCGAUGGUUACGAUCGUGUAUUAUUAUCAUUGAUCAUUUAAAAUGAUUAUAAUUACAAUCGAUGAGGCACCUCCUAUACACUACGUCGCUGGCUUGCAAAAUAUUGAUCUGUGGACUUCAUCUCCAAAGAUCUUUCGUGUGUUACUGCGGAAUUAAGAAAAUGAUCGAAAGAGGAAAUAAGAAAGAAAAGAAAAGAAAAGGAAAAUAUAAGAAAAGGGAAAAGAAUAAUGUAUUGUGACGAAGUUCCAUCCAUAAUAAAUAAAUGAAAUAUUAUAAAGUUAGGCCGACCUUUCCGCCAGUUCGUGCCUUUUUUUCUGCAGGGAGAGAAUGCAGUUUUGAAAUUCGAUCAAACAUGUGCUAUAAUGUAACGCGAUCGCGCAAGGUGUUAUUCACAUUUGCGCCUGAGUAUAUGUGUGUGCGUCUGAGAGAGAAAGAAAGAGAGAGAGAGAGAACGAGAGAGAGAGAGAGAGAGAGAGAGAGAGAGAAAGAGGGUGAAAGAAAGGGUGGGAGGAAGAAGCAAGGUGGAAGAAAGGUGAGGGUGAGAGAGAGAGAGAGAUGUGGAGAGAAAGAAAAGAAAAAGAUAUAGAGUAUAUGCUUAACAGUAACGCACGAUAAUCGUAAAAUGAAUGAAAAUGAACGAAAUUCAAGACGUAUUCCUAUUCUUACGUAGUAUAUAUUUUCAGUAAACGUUACAACACGCUUUUGGAUAAGUCAAUAAAAAAAAUAAUGAAAUAUAUAAAUAAUGAGUAGGAAGAAUUCGUAAUUAUCUGAUAGGAAAAGGAUUGGUUAGAGCAAUAGGUAGAGAGAGAGGGGGGGGAGUGAAAGAGAAAGAGGUAAAAGAAAUGAUGGCAGAAUAGAUGAUAAGAGAAAAAUAAUACAGGAAUCGAAGAAAGCAUUUGAGAUAGAAAGAGAAAAAGAGAGGAUGAAUUUUAGCACUUGUUGAUCGUUCGUUAAAUUGUCUUCGUUUCCCGAUGUAAUAAAAGCUAUUUUACUUUGA